GUACCGGACGAUUGCGAUUGUAGAACACUAUAGACGGGGACCGGGAUAGAUCACGAUCAUGUUGAGGAAUUUUAUGGUUCUUUUGGUUCUGGGAACCGCAGUUUUGGCCGGCCCUGCGAUCCGUGAUGAAAGGCGACUAAAUAGCAGUAAGGAAAAUGCUGUGGAGAGUAGUAGUUACACGCAGGAGACAAGUUCCAGUGCGGUUACGGAACCAGCGGCCUUGGCUGAGGUGUCGGUGACAAGUACUGCAGCUCAACCGAUUGCAGCAGGACAUUCUACGAGUGUUGCAGCUGAGCAAACAACUACGACAGCGCCGAUGUCAACUAGUAAACCUCGUAAAACAAUAACCUUCGAUCAACGACAGGAAGGAAAGUUCAAUAUCAGAGCUGAUCUGGAGAACUUUGUGAUCGUAGUUGUACCAUCUUCGCCGUCGGCGGGAAUUUCUCUUUUGGAUUUGCUGAAUCGUUCCGGACAGAAGCAUCAACAGAAGAAAAAAUCAGGUCAUCGAAAGAAUACUAAGAAUCACGCGGCCCAGAAGAAGGUAUCCCACCUAACCCCAGAGGUCGUAGUAUUGGAUGAAUCGCAGUCACAUGCUAGGGUAGCCAACGAAGAGUUCAUCGAGGGGCGAACUCCUUACAAAGUGGACAUCUCCAGCACCGCUCGUAGCAGCAAUUCAGACCAACCCUCGCCGAUUUAUCGUGUGGUCCGGCCAUUUAACUUCCAUGUAGAGCAACCAACCUCGUCAAAUAUGGUCCAUUUCCCCGAGCCAUCAGGUAAUUAUUAUCCUAAUACCGUAAGAGAGUCCAAGUCGUUGCUCGGGCCAGCUCCGUGCCAAGAUGAAAUUAGAACUAAUACCGUAUACACUAUACUAACCAAUAACAACAAUUAUGGUGAUGGUGCUAUCCAAGAUAUCGAGGAUGAUGGUACUGGUGGUGAUGAAGAAGUAUAUGAUGAUGAUAAUUACCUGAUGAUGGAGCAACGGACUUAUCUAGACUUACCUGCUUCUUCGUUCGAUAGCCUAGAAUAUCCCCGAUCGGAUGUCGACAUGAUGAAAUUGCAGUUGCAAGGGGACAACGAACGGGAUGGUGGCGGCGACGUCGGCGGUGAGUGGGAACUCAAGCUUCUCGGUGCCCAGGAGCAGUGUGGCCCUGAUCGCAAGCGUGACAGUUACGGUGUGUGCCAAUUUGUAACGCCUUGAGGCGUAUCGCCUUCCCUUCUACACAAUUACUUAGCCAUUAAGCCUUAUUUAUUAGCCAGCAGCGAUCAGUCGCAUCUAAUUUAUUGUAAAACACAGUUUAAGUGCCAAAUAAAAUAAUUCAAGACUUUAA